AUGGUAGGAGGCUAUCGUAUAGGAAUGCAUUUCUUAGCUUCAGCCCUCCGUUUUUUGGAACCUAGAGUGGACGAUGACUUCGUUGACCGUCUUCAUUAUCUCUACACCUCUACAUUGGUCUUAAUGUUUGCUGUUCUAGUAUCGGCGAAGCAAUACGUCGGACAUCCCAUAGAAUGCUUCGUGCCAGCUCAAUUUACGCGAGCUAUGGAACAAUACACAGAAAACUACUGUUGGGUUCAGAACACAUACUGGGUCCCUUUUCAGGAUCUCAUUCCACAUCGAUUGGAUGAUCGAGAGCGACGACAGAUUGGAUACUAUCAAUGGGUUCCAUUUGUUUUAGCAAUUGCAGCUUUAAUGUUUCACAUACCUUCAUCGGUUUGGAGAAUGCUCGCCAGUCAAUCAGGCUUGAACGCUGGUUUAGUCUUACAGUUGGCCUGUCAAGAACAGAAUGUGGAUCCUAUCGUCAGAGCAAAAACUGUCGAUGUCCUUGCAAGACAUAUAGACGAUGCUCUCAUGUACCAACGUGAUCAUGGAGCUAAAAGGAAGAAUGUGUACUUGUUUGCAUUUGUUCGAUUAGGUAAAUUUUACGGAUCAUAUGUUUCGACUGUUUAUGUUUUUAUCAAAACUCUUCAUUUGUGUAAUGUUUUAAUUCAAUUCAUGAUGUUGAAUGCUUUUCUUGAAACUUCUGAAUAUCCUUUAUUCGGAGCUCAUGUACUCUAUGAUUUGUUUAUGGGAAGGGAAUGGAGGGAUUCCGGCAAAUUUCCAAGAGUUACCCUUUGUGAUUUUGAAAUUCGCGUUCUUGGAAACGUCCAUAGGCAUACUGUACAGUGUGUUUUGGUCAUCAAUAUGCUGACGGAAAAGAUAUUCAUUUUCCUUUGGCUAUGGCUAACUGUCUUAGCAACUAUUACGGCUCUCAAUUUACUAUUUUGGCUGUGUGCUCUCGUUUCGGGACAAUGUCGCCAGAACUUCGUCGCAAAACAUCUGGACAUGGAAACAGAUCAAAUUGAGAGAUUUACUGAUAGAUUCUUACGUCCUGAUGGAGUGUUUCUUCUUCAAAUGAUUGCAGCUCAUGCAGGAAACUUAACAUGCGCUCGAGUGACCGAAGCUCUAUGGUUAAUAUUCUUGAGACGAAGUGGAAAACCGGUUGCAGAUGACAAAGUAAUUGAAGGCUCAGAAAGAGAAUGGGAGAGUAAUGAAGAUUAUUUAAUGGGUUCCAUAAAAGAGUCAGACAGGAGGGAUUCAUGGCAUGAAACAUCUAUGCCUCCCCCUAUGCCACCGCUUCCUAAUCGAACUCAUUAUGUGUAA